AUGAAUUAAAUUGACAUUUAUUCUACAAAAGUGUGUGGUCUUAGUAUAUUACUAUGCGUAUUUAUUAGUAAUAAUGAAUAUUAUUACUUUUAAGUGAGCUGUUUUAUCAUAAUAAUAAUAAUAAAUUUACUGUUUAUCUUAAACAUAGGUAUAAAAAUAUUAAAACAUUAAUAGAAUUAGUUUGUAUAAUUUUUAAAGGAUUUUGUAACUAAAUAUCCUCAAAUAUAAAGAUUUUUAAGAUUAAAUAUAAAGAAAAAGUAAAUCAAUCCACAAUUAAAAUUAAAAUUAUAGAGAUCACUAAAAAAUUUUCUAAAUUUAAAUUAAUCACAAAGAAAAGUCUUGUUAGUUCAAAAUAACAUUGUAAAAGAUUAUUGCUUAGAUGUUUAAAACUCUUAACGUUAACUGAAGGAAUAAAGUAAAAAUUUGUAACAAACAUCCAGCCCUUAAUGCUAAUUUACACCACAAAAUAAACAUAUCAUAGAAGAAAAAGAUAUAAUAGAAUCAAAUCUUCUAAUUGGCUAAGUGUAAUCAAUAGUUGCUUCUGAAAGUUAAUUGAAUAUUGUUAGUAAAGGAAUUAACUACUUUUAGCAGAAAUAAAAGAGUUCAGAGCCUGCUGAAUUUUAACUUUUAAAUAAAAACACUUAAAGAAAUUUUCAAAAUCCUUUUUAUUAAAGCAACUAAUUAUUAUAAAUGUAAGCUGAUACUGAUGAUGUAAUGAUUAUUUCUCAAAUGGAUUAAUUAUCUGAAAGAGAAUAAAAUUAAAAACCUUGA